GUGUGAAGCUUGUCUGUAGGAAUUAUGCGUCUUUCCCAUCGUAUAUUAUUUCCCCCAUAGUUGUGGUGGGAGCUGGUAAGGUGGGUUAACUCCAGCUCAAGUCUCCGUGAAGCGCAGAGCUCUGAUGACGUUGGGUUGGAUGACCAAUCGGGAGGCGCUGCCCUUUGGAGACAAACCAUUUUACUUGUAGUGUCUGCAUCAAGUCUGGAAGCAAGGGCUCAAUUUUAACAGAAUCCACCUAAAAAUCUCGCCCUUAACUUAUGCCUACCUUUCGCCACUUUGGGUGAGAAUAUCACAAGACAAGGGGGGAAUAAAGGCGCGUGUGGAAAAUUCGGGUGUUAAUAGGACAAUAUCUGUUCCGCGGUGGAGAGGGGGAGAGAGACAACAGCACAGCGAGAGAGAGAAAACCGAUUUGGUCUUGAGAGAGAGGGGGGUGAGUGCUCUCAAGGCAGAAAAUUCGAUGAUGACCAUGACUACGAUGGCUGACGGUCUGGAGCCUCAGGACUCGUCCAAGUCUGCGUUCAUGGAGUUUGGGCAGCAGUCGCACUCACAGCAGAGCUCCCCGUCAAUGGCCGGCGGACACUACCCGCUGCACUGUCUCCACUCCGGCUCACACGCGCACCACCAGCACGACAACACCGCGUACACCGGGACCAACACCUACAACAGGUCGUUACCUUACCCAUACGUGAGCCACGCGCACCACAGCCCGUACCUGCCGUCUUAUCACAACAACACGGGAGGACAGACGAGGCUAGACGGCACAGAGCAGCAGAAGACGACGGUGAUUGAAAAUGGGGAAAUUCGUUUUAAUGGAAAAGGCAAGAAGAUUCGCAAACCUCGGACAAUUUAUUCCAGUUUGCAGCUGCAAGCACUGAACCACCGUUUCCAGCAAACACAGUACCUCGCUUUACCGGAGCGCGCGGAGCUGGCUGCCUCUCUAGGACUGACACAGACCCAGGUAAAGAUCUGGUUCCAGAAUAAGAGGUCAAAGUUCAAAAAGCUGCUGAAGCAAGGCGGCAACCCGCACGAAAGCGACCCUAUCCCGGGCUCCAUGUCCCUCUCCCCACGCUCUCCCACUAUCCCUCCAAUCUGGGACGUCACGGCCUCUUCCAAAGGAGUAAACAUGCCGGCCAACAGCUACAUGCCCGGCUACUCUCAUUGGUAUUCCUCCCCACAUCAAGAUUCAAUGCAGAGAUAGACUCAUGUGGAGGCAGAGGAGGCCUUCGGAUCUUCUCCAUGCCGUUUCCCCCAAACCCCCCACCCCCCACCCCAACGUAGCCUACAAAUCGUGUGAGCGCAGAGACUAGAGAGGAAAGGAGACAAACCCCUCUUCUGCUGCUCCAAUGACGGAUAAAACUGCAGCCAAGACCUCGGUGUGAUGACACAAACAAGGGAACUAACCGUUUUUUUAAGCUGUUGAGUGGGCUCGCCUAUUUGUUAUGCUUUCAUUCUUGUCAACAUCUGAACAUCAAUAUACCAAAUAUUAUCAAUGAUAUUUUGGCCACGUUUUGGGCCAAAGACUGAGAACUCUCUAUGCGCUUUAGCGCCCAGAACCUUCAGCCAUGAUGGACUCCUGACUGCUUUUAUUUUUGGUUUGUUUCUCAAUCAUGCAAAAGCAAGCAAAUUGUCUGUCUGUAAAUAUAAUCUGCGAUUUAAGUUGUACAUACACUUUUUAUGUUUUGUGAGAUUGAGUAAACCGUGACUCAAAGCAGAUGCCUGCUGUUGCAUGAUUUCAAAAAAUUCAUUUAAGGCCCCUUUUCCAUGCUUCAUAUUGGGCCAACAUCCCAUUUCAAAAUUCUUAUUUCCCGUCCCCCUGGUGUGCACGAGCUUCUCCCAGACAUUUGAACAUUAGCUGAUGACACAUUUCUGCAGUGAAAAGCCCAUUUGAAUGAACCCAAAGCGCUCAAAACCCCACAGUAUAUAGAUUUAUCAAACAGCGGAGGAAAUUAACUUACCCUGCACCGCUGCUGCCUACAUUCACCCCGAAAGACAUUUGCUCCAGGUCCAGCUCAUCUUGUCAUUUCACCCUCAAUUAUUAGAAGUAUUGACAAAAUGUUUUCUCCCUUCUCUCCGUCCUAAUGCAGGACGUUAAAUGCCAAGCUCCACGGGAUCGAUGUUUGAACAAAGCAGCCAGCUGCAGCAGCGUUCAAUAUGAAGGAGAUAUUUGGGACAAUUUGUGGGUUUUUAUCCAAGUGAGGCUUUUUUUCCAUUCUCAUAAAUGCAGGCAUAAUUAGGGUAAUUUUUGAUGUAGCCCGCUGAUUACAGCGUUUUUACCGUCAAAGAUAAUUACCUGUAAUUUUCUACCAC